AUGCCAACAAGCGCCCUACAAACCCGCCUAACCCACCUGUGGCGCGCGCUCUCUCCCCACAGCCAACUCCUCAGAACCGCCCUGCGCCAGCACCAGCGCCAACCACCAUGCCGGAAGCCCUACAGCAACAGCAGCAACGGCGGCGGCAAGCCCCAACCCUCCUCCUCCUCCAGCUCCUCCGCAAGUAGCUCGACGACGACACACACCCGCGCCGAGCGCAUCCUGUCGCGCCUCCCGCCCUCGAUGCAAAAGUACACGCGGGCGCUGCGCAACGCGCCCCUGUCGCACGUCGUCUCCUUCCUCAUCCUGCACGAGAUGACGGCCGUCGUGCCGCUCCUCGGCCUCUUCGGCCUCUUCCACUACACAGACAAGGUCCCCGUCGACUACGUGACGGAGCACUACGGCGGGUACGUGCGGGAGGGCGCCCGCCGGUUCGAAAAGUACUUCCGGCGCAAGGGCUGGUUCGGCUUCGGUGCUGACGGUGGGGACGGUGCUGGUGCUACGAUUGCUGCUUCUGCGGCGGAAGAAGCGUCAGAAGACGCGGUGCGGGACCGGUGGAUGAGCGGCGAUACCAAGUACAAGGUCGUGGUCGAGAUUGCGCUGGCAUAUGCCAUCACCAAGGCUCUGCUGCCGGUGCGGAUAGUCGCCAGUGUAUGGGCGACACCGUGGUUCGCCGGCGUUUUGGGAGGCCUUCAACGGCUCGUCCGCCGGCGGUAA